CGUCAAUUUAGUCAUAUUUACUGUCAAAGCUGAUUUAAAAAUAUAAAAUCCUAAUCAAAUUCUUUUAAAACUAAUAUUAGAAAUGGAUGGAAUAAUUCAUGCAUGUGCUGUGAAAUUGCCUAAGGAAGAUGAAGAAGAAUGUGAUAGUACAGAAUCUGAAGAAAUUUCUCCGCAAUCUAAGCGAAAAGGUUCAGGAAGUUUUCUAAUACGAGAUGGUUCGAAUUUGUUGCCAUCGGAUAUAUGUUCAACUAUGAAGAUUACAUAUCCAUGGCCGCAAAAACCGGAUCUUCGUACUAACAUGGGCAAACGAAGAGCGAAUCUCGUACGUCAAUUAACUAAUGAUAUAACAAACCAGCUUUUGGAAGAAAAAGCCGAACCGCCACCAGUCGAAAAAUAUUGUACAACUUACGAUGUUAGUUAUUAUAUUGAUGGAUAUAAACCAAAUGAUCAAUUUUAUGGAGAUUCACCCGAGCUAUACCAAAAAUAUCCACUUUAUAGUUCUAAUUGUAUGUCUUAUUGGCAAUUUACGUAUGAAAAUCGAAAUGGUAAACCUGGAUUACCCGUUGCAGAUGUUAAGCAACCAUUUAAACGACGAUCUACUAUUUCUAAACCAUUAAAUGAAGUUUUAGACUAAAUUUUUGUCAUAUUUGAAUAUAUUUAUGCAACAGAAUGUGCUUGAAAUUCAAAAUUUACUAAUAAAAUGUGCUGAAAUCUA